UCGGAUUCCCGCCGUAAGGAAAACUAACUUCAACCUUGGCAUACCUUCUUCAAGUACCUUUGGGCGUACUUUCGUGUCCUUUCACGGUCGGUCCCUGAGCUUGUGAUAGACCACCGGUACGAUGGGACAGUGGUAUAAUAUGCACGGGACAUUCGGAGAGGCAUGCAUUUUUCUCGUCUCUACCACAAUCGAACAAAACCCUCUGAUACCUCUCGCUAUCACAAAUCCACCCGUUCAUAACACACUCGUUCAUCAAUGCACUUCAUAUUUACGACGCUGGCCGCCCUUGCAGCGGCAGCAUCCGCCCUCACGCCACCUACUACGGCAGCUCACGCAGAGUUAAUUCCCGAAAUCAAGAACCAGUGCCUGAAGACCUGCGUCCAGCGCUACCAGCACUAUGCCGUCCAGAUCAAGAAGAUAUUUUGCAGCGAUAACAUCGGCCAGCUGAUGGGCAAAUGCAUCGACGAAACAUGUGAGGCGGAUAGACCCUACGUCUUUGAAGAAUAUGGUUCUAUUUGUGGCCACUACCCCACGCCCACACCCUCGCCUUCGCCUUCGCCGACACCGACCGCGGAUCCUAUUCCCGCCCUGAAGCAGCAAUGCUUGAAGAGUUGCGUCGCGUUCUACCACUUGAAGACCAAAACGGAGCUUUGCAAUGCCCAAACGGGUCAGCUGAUCGGAGAGUGCGUGGAUGACACUUGCAAAGCAGAUACGCCGUUGGUCUUCGAAGAGUAUGGUCUCAUAUGCGGUCACUAUCCCACACCCACUCCGCGCUCUUCGACCCCAUCGCCGACGCCGAGUCCUACGCAACCGUUCGCGCCAUUCGGCAGUCCGUGCCCCAACCAGUGCGUCAACCAGGAUACGUACAAAGACCUGGCUGGCUUCUGUAAGGCCGCAAAGGACGACUACCAACUGUGGUACUGCGCAGCCAAGCUCUGCAAUAUGUGGGAUCGAGACCUCUUCAAUAAGAACAUCGAUUGGGCUUGUGCAGCCACACCUUCCUCUUCGUCAACGCCUCCACCAUCCUCUACCACACCGUCGCCCUCGCCGACCUCGACGUUCCACCCCUUCAAGGUCCCAUGUCUAAACGAGUGCGUCGAUGUCAACGCAAAGAAGUACAAGGACAUGACAACAUUCUGCAAGGAGGCCAAGCUAGACACGGACCUGUAUUUCUGCGCGGCUAAGAGAUGCUACUUCUGGAACCGCGAGAUGUACGAAACGGCCGUUGACGAGGCUUGCACGCCGCCGCCGUCUUCGACCACGCCCCCGCCGGAACCAUCGACGAGCGAGAGCGUCUCGCCGCCUUUCCCUUGCUGGAACAAGACUCUCUGCUCAAAGCCUCGUCCGCAUCCAACUUCUCACCCACCGAUCACCAUCACGACAACAGUCACCGACAUCGAAACACUGACCUACUGCCCGCCCCGCCACACCUGCACGGGCCAAACCACUACUUGGACGUGGACAUUCGGCCCUACAUCUUGCCCGCCUACUGUUACAUGUACAUGCGUCCUUCCCGGCGGACACGGCUAUCCGACGCUCGAGACGUGCCCGCCGAGCGUGACGUGCACGGGACAGACCACCGAGAUUACCGAGGGCGUGACCGUCGUGUUACCGAGCGAGACGAUUCCGUCCGUCCCAGCUAAUCCGACCGAGCCGGCGGAAACGAGCAGCGUAGUCGAGUUCCCCGGUGCAGCGGCGAGUGCAGGUGUAGGAUUUUUGGCGGCGUUGUUUGGGGUCAUGGUGGCGUUGUAAGAAGGGCUUGGGGAGUUGGAGGCGUACGACGUUUUAAUCUGUUGGGUUUUUGGUUUUGUAUUUUGGGAGGAACAGAUUGCAAGAAGAACCAAGGCCAAGGAUAUAAUUUGGGAUAGGUUGUUUGGUGUGGUGGAACGGCUCUUUGUGUCGGAGUGUACGAGGUUCUCGUGUUGAUGCAUUGUUUGUCAAUUUAGGUUAUACGCCUUAAUAUCGAGCUUCAGCUUCCUUAAAGACUUGUAUUUAAAACUGCGGAUACCGUACGUAUAGGCGCGCGCAUGGAG